GCUGUUGUGUUAGCUUUCCCAGGGUGCGCCGCGGCCGGGGCGUCCCUAGCAACGCAUGAAAGUGAAAGGGAGGGAGAGAAAGAAGCUACCGGGAUCGCGGAGACAUCAUGGGGCAGGAUUACUACUCGGUGCUGGAGAUCACCCAUAGCGCCGGGGAUGGGGACAUUAAAAAAGCGUACCGGAAGUUGGCUUUGAAGUACCAUCCCCUAAAAAAUAAGGAGCCGUCGGCGCCGCACCGAUUCCGGCAGAUUGCAGAGGCCUACGAUGUGCUCAGUGACCUCAGAAAGAAGGCGACGUAUGAUAAGUUCGGAGAGGAGGGUCUGAAAGGGGGGAUCCCGGCUGAGUUUGGGGGUCAGGACGCUUGGACCUCGGGGUACACGUAUCAUGGGAAUCCUGACAAGACCUUCAAGGAGUUCUUUGGGGGAGAUAAUCCGUUUGCAGACUUCUUCACACCAGACGGAUGUGAAGUGAACACAGGAUUUGGGGGUCUGCGAGGAAGAGGAGUGAAGAAACAGGACCCCCCAAUAGAGCGAGAUCUCUUCCUGUCUCUGGAGGACUUGUAUUUUGGGUGCACAAAGAAGAUCAAAAUUUCCCGUAGGGUAAUGAAUGAAGACGGCCACACGUCCAGCAUCCGGGAUAAAAUCCUCUCCAUAGACGUCCCUCCCGGGUGGAGAUCGGGGACCAGAAUCACAUUUCCUAAUGAAGGUGACCAGGGCCCCAACAUCAUCCCGGCAGACAUUGUAUUCAUCGUAAAGGAGAAGCCCCACCCCCGCUUCAUAAGACAAGAAGACAAUUUGAUCUACACAGCAAACAUCGAACUUGGCAAGGCUCUGACAGGCUGCACUGUAGAAGUGGAAACACUGGAUGAAAGACUAUUGAACAUUCCCAUCAACGACAUCGUACACCCCAAGUACAGUAAGGUGGUCCCCGGGGAGGGGAUGCAGACACCCAGUGACCUUACCGUAAAGGGCGACCUGAUCAUCCAAUUUGACAUCCAGUUUCCAGAACACCUGACGCCGGAGAAGAAGCAGCUGCUCCGGAAAGCGCUCCUGACCCGAGACGCGUGAUACAUUGUAGCCGAGACACGUAUCCAAUCUAUCUGCAGCACAGCAAGUGGACUCGCUCAUCUGCCAUAGUUGGACACUAUGACCGAGCGUUGCACCACUAAAACUCAUACAGCAGGGGGCGGUGUAGUUUGACGACACAUCUCAUAAGUAGUUAGGAUUUCUCUACCAGGGUGCCUCCAGCUGUUGCAAAACUACAAC